AUGGGUAUCAAGUACGACCGCAUACUACUCAUGUUUGCCCUGCUAGCUGGUGCCACUGCACUGAAGAUUCUUCAUCUAGCCGAUUUUCAUCUGGACGUCGACUACUCUGUAACUGGAGACAAUCAGCAUAUGUGUCAUAACACCACCAACAUCACAAAGAGCCGUUUAGGACCUUUUGGAGACUACAUGUGCGAUGCGCCCAAGCCUCUUGUCAUACAUGCCAUAGAUGAGGCAAAGCGAAUCGUUACCGAUCCUGAUCUCAUAAUUUGGACUGGCGACAAUGUCCCGCACGUGGAUGGUUACGACUGGAACUAUGUUAUGAAUGUGAUGAAUCUCACUACAUCUCUUCUGUUUUCUCGUUUCCCGAAUCGACAGAUUCUUCCUACAUUUGGAAACCAUGACUAUGCACCUGCGAAUGCCUUUGAAAACAACAGCAUAUUGUAUUCGAAAAUGUGGGAGUUAUGGAAGGAAAUGCUAGGCGAAAGUGAGAAGGUGGCAUUUGAAUGUCAAAUAUUCGAUGAAACUAUAUACAUUGUGACACCUAAGUUCCAAUUGGUAUGUGUGUGA